GUUUGCGGCGGAGUCUGCGCCGAACUUUCGCUGUCCACGCUUCCAGGCGGUCGUGGGGGCUGAGGAGGGCGUGGGGACUGCUCCGCAGAACCCGGGAGUUACAGUGCGCGCCUUUGUACCGGAGCCGGAGCCUGCUGGGGCAGGGAAGGAGCCGGAAUGGCCUGGGCUCUGAAGCUGCCGCUAGCUGACGAAGUGAUCGAGUCGGGGCUGGUGCAGGACUUUGAUGCUAGCCUGUCGGGCAUUGGCCAGGAACUGGGAGCUGGUGCUUAUAGUAUGAGUGAUGUCCUUGCAUUGCCUAUUUUUAAGCAAGAAGAGUCAAGCUUGCCUCCUGAAAAUGAGAACGAGAUCCUGCCUUUUCAGUACGUCCUCUGUGCCGCCACCUCGCCAGCAGUGAAGCUCCACGAUGAGACCCUGACCUACCUCAAUCAAGGACAGUCUUAUGAAAUCCGAAUGCUAGACAAUAGAAAACUGGGAGAGCUACCGGAAAUCAACGGCAAGUUAGUGAAGAGCAUCUUCCGUGUAGUGUUCCAUGACAGGAGACUGCAGUACACUGAGCACCAGCAGCUGGAGGGCUGGAGGUGGAACCGGCCAGGAGACAGGAUACUGGACAUCGAUAUCCCAAUGUCUGUGGGUGUAAUUGAUCCCAGGGCCAAUCCUACCCAGCUAAACACAGUGGAGUUCCUGUGGGACCCUGCAAAGAGGACAUCUGUGUUUAUUCAGGUGCACUGCAUCAGCACCGAGUUCACUAUGAGGAAGCACGGUGGGGAAAAGGGGGUGCCCUUCCGAGUGCAGAUCGAUACUUUCAAGGAGAACGAGAAUGGAGAGUACACGGAGCACUUGCACUCGGCCAGCUGCCAGAUCAAAGUCUUCAAGCCUAAAGGUGCAGACAGAAAACAAAAGAUAGAUAGAGAGAAGAUGGAGAAACGGACGCCCCAUGAAAAGGAGAAAUACCAGCCUUCUUAUGAGACAACCAUACUCACAGAGUGUUCUCCGUGGCCUGAGAUCACCUACGUCAGCAAUUCCCCAUCGCCUGGCUUCAACAGCUCCCACAGCAGUUUCUCUCUUGGGGAGGGAAACGGCUCGCCCAACCACCAGCCAGAGCCGCCCCCUCCAGUCACGGACAACCUCUUGCCAACAACCACGCCUCAGGAAGCCCAGCAGUGGCUGCAUCGAAACCGGUUUUCCACGUUCACGAGGCUUUUCACCAACUUCUCAGGGGCAGACUUACUGAAACUAACUAGAGAUGACGUGAUCCAAAUCUGCGGCCCUGCAGAUGGAAUCCGGCUCUUUAACGCAUUGAAAGGCCGGAUGGUGCGUCCAAGGCUGACCAUUUAUGUCUGUCAGGAGUCAUUGCAGUUGAGGGAGCAGCCACAGCAGCCGCAGCCGCAGCAGAAGCAGGAGGACGGAGAUUCAAAUGGUACUUUCUUUGUGUACCAUGCUAUCUAUCUAGAGGAGCUGACAGCUGUUGAAUUAACAGAAAAAAUUGCUCAGCUUUUCAGUAUUUCUCCUCAGCAGAUCAGCCAGAUUUACAAGCAAGGGCCGACCGGAAUCCAUGUGCUCAUCAGCGAUGAGAUGGUACAGAACUUUCAGGAAGAAGCCUGCUUUAUUCUGGACACAAUGGAAGCGGAAACCAGUGAUAGCUAUCAUGUCAUUCUCAAGUAGGACAAGCCUCUCACAUUCGAUGGCUGCCGCUGCCUUCACCUCCGACGACUGCCCUUUUGAAGGGGACAUGACUGGAGAUUAAAGGUCUUCAAGAACCUGGCACAUAUGAAUGUUGGGGAGGGGGGUGUCCAGUGCAGGGCGAGCAGGCCCUAAAGUGGAAUCCCAGACCCUUGUAUUGGCCCCUGCUGUAUGACGUCUUCAGAUCACUGGCCAGACAUGGAGUUCAGCGUUUCCUUAGGUUCUGGCUGCUGGUGACACCGGUGAGAAGCCUCGCCCUUGCCCUUAGGGUUUGUAGAGGGCAGAGUGAUAAUGGGAGUCGUGCGAUGUCUUCUGGAAAGAAGUUUAAUUUUGUGAUAUAGAGCUCUGACAUUUUCCCAACAUAAAAGUGAACAUCUGUCUUCAUAAAACCAAGCUAUCGCUUUUAUAUCAAGUCUGUUGUCAGCUCUGCUCUGUUCACAAUGUGGUGAGGAGAAACAGAAUCUCUCCUCACCUUCUUUUUGAGACAGGGUCACAUGUUCUUGCUUCUACCUCCCAAGAGCUGGGAUUACAAGCUUUUGCCACCUGCUCUGUUUCUGCAGUGCUGGGCUUGAACCCAGAGCACUGCCUCCAGCUGAGCUCCAGCAGGCCCUUCCCUGUGUUCAGACGGUCUCUGGAUUUCUAACUUGGUUCACCUGCAGUACCACAACUGAGAGUGGUUUUGGCUAAUAUGUAUUGGGAGAGACCAAGUGAUAAAUCCUGUGGGUGGAUAAUCUUGUUUUAUCCCCUUAGUAAACUCAAAACAACUGGGGAAAAGUGACUUGAGGAUAAGGAAACGCAGAUGAAGUGUGGGAGGGGGUGGAUUGAUGCCACCAGAUGCUACCCUGUGUUGCCUGUGCUCACCAUUAGUUCUUUCUGGGGCUAUGCUGGAAACUGAUGGACAAGCCACAGAAGGAGGCAAACACCUAAAUAUAACCACAGUCGAGUCCCACAGAGCAGAUGACACCCAGCGUCCCCAACCUCAAGCACAGAGCUGGAGGGACAAGUGUGUCCGACUCCAGAGUUCAUUGUUCUUGAGUGAUAUCCUCAAGCUGUUUAAGUAAAUGGCGACUCUUCCGUGCUCUUCCCUCCCCUCCCUGUCUUGUUUUGGCCUAGUGGUUUGUUUUUUGUUUUUUUUUUUAAUGUAAGUUUUAUAAAAAAUACAUUCUUUCCCCUUCAAAUUCAUGCUGUGUUUAUUUUUCUGCCUUUCUUCAAAUAAUUGUGUAUCUGUGUGCAUGUGCAGAAUUUUAAAGCACUUGGGUCCUCCUUUUUCACAUGUAUAGUUUGUUUUGGCUUGGUUUUCCAAAAAUAACAUUUCUCUGUGUAGCCCUGGCUGUCCUGGAACUCACACUGUAGACAAGGCUGACCUCAAACUCAGAGAUCCCCCUUCCAAGUGCUGGGACUAAAGGUGUGCACCACCAGCGUCAGGACACAUGCAAAGUUUUGUCAGAAAUUUCCUUAAAUUUUGUUGAGAUGAACAAAGAUAAUUAGAGAUUCUGUACUGAAUUUGAAUUUGUGUGUGUUUUUGAUAAAGCUUAGAUUUUUUAUAGAGAGUUUUCAGUUGUUGUUGCUGUCCAUUAAAAUCAGCCUGUA